AUGAGAAAAUUCUCAUUGAAUACUGUCGUCAACAAGGAAUACAAAAUGUUACUAAGAAAUAAGAUCCUUAUCACUUCAAAUGAUCUCCAUAAUAGUAUAUCCAGGGAAAUUAUGUUCAUAAACAGCUACUGCUUGCCAUCUUCUCACGAUUCAAUACCUAACUCCAUUUACAAACAGACAUUUCGGUACUUGGUGUGCCAACUUAUUAAUGACAGAAAAGUAACAAAGAGUGCUAAUGUAUUACCAGAUCUUAAUGUAUCUCCAAAGGAUAUUAAUAGCAUUCCUGAAGAAUGUUGCUAUCAGUUUGUUUGUGGAGGGGACCCCAUUUGGCCAAUUUGUGCAUCAAAUUUACAAGAACUUCAAAAACCAUCAAUUACAAACACCUGUCAGUUGUUAAAAAGCCAUAUCCCGGACAAAGUGACUUUGGCUACUCUAUCAGCACACCUUGAAAAGCAUAUCUCCAUACUUUCGUAA